AUGGCGCCGCCUCAGAGUCCUGCGCGCGCCCUCGACGGGGGGCCUGAACAGGCGACAGACAGUCUUCUCUCGAACCGAGUUUUCGACCGCCAGAUUCGCCUUUGGGGCGUCGAGUCUCAGCGAAGGCAAGCUUGCUUUUCUCUGCGUUCUUCUUUUUUAUUUCACUCGCUUUUCUGCUGUCUCUUCGUACUCCUUUCCUCGCACGUGCUGCUCGUCGGUCUUACUAGCAUCCACGUUGAGCUUGCGAAAAACCUCGCGCUGUCUGGCGUGCGAGUGACGCUCUGCGACAGCCGGUGUGUGGGUCCUCUCGACUUCACGUUCAACUUUCUGCUGAAGCAAGAAGCCGAAGGCAAACCGGUGGCGGCCGCGAGUCUCGCUGGUCUCCGUGAGAUGGCGCCGUUUGUCUCCUUCGAAGAACUCCCAGAGGCGUCCUUCCGCGAGCUGCUCGACUCCAUCCGCGACGGGACCCCUGCGCGCGUCGCCAAGUGCGUGGACGCCUCCAAGCACCGGCGGGCAGCCGCGACGACACAGCUCGUCACGCGGUUCACGGUCAUCUGCGUCGCCGCGGAGUUUUACCGUCUCCACGAGUUGGUGCAUCUCGACAGCCUCUGUCGCCUUCUCAACGUCGCCUUCUGCAGUUCACACUGCAGCGGCAAGCUCGGUUUUGGAUUCGUCAACUUCCAUGACCACAUCUUUCGGGUGCCGGCAGCGGUUUCGAGCGCAGGCGGCGUGGGGGCGUCCAAGCAGACUGUGAACGGCGCUGCAGCGCAGGGAGACGAGAAACCCGUGCCUUCUGAACUGAAGGAACUAGCCUUCCCAUCCCUAGAGCAGAUGCUCCAGUGCAACCUCGGCGGAGCUGACCGGAAAGUGGAUCCUGCAAUUCUCGUCUACCUGACUAUGCAGCGCUGGGAGGCGUCCCAAGAGGAAGCGGCUGCAGUACAGCAGAAAGAGAAGACGCUGGCACGACCGCUUCCCUUUCCUCGCUACGCGCGCGAAGCCGAAGACGACAAAUUUGCGGCGUACGCGGACGCGAUGCUCCGCGAGCAAGGAGGCGCCGCCACGGCUGCAGCCGAAUCGUCGGCAGAGCUCAUCAGCACCCUGCCGAUGAUGUGGGGGCGUCAGUACACAGUCACAGCGGCGAUUGUGGGCGGCGUUCUAGCGCAAGAACUGCGGAAGUAUAUCACGAAAGAACAGGAACCAAUCCCCAAUUGCCUAGUGUUCAACUUGGACACUUCCACUGCUGCGGUUGCUAGUCUGCCUCCGCCGUCGUCGAAGCCUGCUAAACCCUAG